CAGUGCGCGCUCCGUGUCGGCAGUGCGAGGUCGAGCAGGAUCCGCCGUGAGUCUUUGCGCGGCUCAGGAAGCACAAGAGCAGGGUUGCGCCAUCCCCCGAGACUCCUCGCCCCCCCCGCCCCGGGGCGGACCCACCCAGCUGGUUGUCUCUGCCCGCCCCCCAGGUCCCCACGGGGGACUGCAAUCUCUGGUCUAUUUUGAAGAAUGCCAUCGGUAAGGAGCUAAGCAAGAUCACCAUGCCGGUGGGGUUCAACGAGCCGCUCAGCUUCCUGCAGCGCAUGACGGAGUACAUGGAGUACGCGCACCUGCUGCGGCUGGCCUCCGAGCAAGAUGACCCGAUCUCGCGGAUGCAGUACGUGGCCGCCUUUGCCGUCAGCGCGCUGGGUUCCAACUGGCAGCGCCUGGGCAAGCCUUUCAACCCGCUCCUGGGGGAGACAUUUGAGCUGGAGCGGUCGGAGUUCAGGAUCAUUUGCGAACAGGUCAGCCACCACCCUCCCGUGUCUGCCUUCCACGCUGACAGCGAGCACUUCGUGUUCCAUGGCUCUAUUCACCCCAAAAUCAAGUUCUGGGGCAAGAGCGUGGAGAUCACGCCCAAGGGCGUUGUUACUGUCGAGCUGCCUAAAUGGAAAGAGGCGUACACCUGGACCAACGUCAACUGUUGCGUGCACAACAUCAUCAUCGGCAAACUGUGGAUAGAGCAGUCCGGUACAAUGGAGGUGGUGAACCAUUCCACAGGUCACCGUGCAAUUUUAGACUUCAAGUCGGGUAGCAGUUCGAAAGACAUGCACCGCGUAGAAGGCUUUAUCGUAGACAAAGAUAAAAAGAAAAUUAAAUUCAUGUAUGGGAAAUGGACCGAGCUUUUACGUUCGACAGACCCGCAAUCAUAUGAAGACUACUUGAAGGAAAACUCCCACAAGUUCAAGAGCGAAAAAGAGAAGAAGGACAGCAAAUUAGACAGCAGUCCCGCCCACACUCCUAAAAGAGUUCUCGCCAAGCUAAACUCGCUUAAAGUUAGCCCCUUCAAAGCUAGCGUCAGCACGGAUAACGAUGACGGGCCGGACGACCCUCCCGAAGGUGACAUUCCGCCAAGUGAAUCAACGUACUCCAUCGACAUUCCGAACUCGGUCACCCUUUGGGAGGCGGACCAGCGGCCCGAGAACAGUACAGACUACUAUAACUUUACUCGUUUUGCGAUGGCACUGAAUGAAAUAGACCAGGAGCUGAAAGGAAAAAUUUGUCCCACAGACAGCAGGCUGCGUCCUGACAUUCGAAAGCUAGAGGAGGGUGAAGUAGAAGGUGCUGCUACCGAAAAAACUCGGCUAGAAGAGAAGCAAAGAGAAACACGAAAGCGCAAAUCCACUACUUCUAAAAAGGAGGAAAAAUGGAAACCGAGGUGGUUUAAUUUGGAACCUAAUCCUCACACCAACCAAGAGGAUUGGAUUUACCAAGGAGGCUACUGGGAGCGCAACUUCGAGGGCAUUGAAGAUAUCUUUUAAGUCUCAAUUCUGAGAAAAUUCUUUGGUAUACCUGAGUCAGUACGGCGAAGUUUUCUGUCCAGUGCACAGCAAAGCAUCUCAGAACUGGCCCCCAUCCUCGAUACUCUACCAGGGAUAGAAGAUCAGAGUCCUUCAGUGUUUCCAUGUACUACACCAAUCUUUUCUAGAAUAAAUCUCCAUAGUGAAAUAUGCUGGUGAUUUGGAAGGAACUUUAAAGUUUCACAAAAUGGAGAUAAGGUUCAUUUCCAUUCCUCAAUUCAUAGUGCAUUGGAAUUAGCUAUGAAACCCUCUUGAGCCAUUGUAGACAUUGUCCAUGCUCUACCUGGACAUAAACAUAAACUUAGAAGGACCACAAGUGACUGCAAGACAUUGCCUGCUGAGUGUGUUGUGAUUUUCUUGAAGACAAUAAGAAGAGAGACAAAAUUUGUUCAAUUCAAAAGGAAAGUUUCUGCUAGUCAGGAGUGUGGACAUUACUUUCUUCAUAUACUGUAAGCUCAGGGCUUAUUUUCUGUUUCUUAAAGCUCAAGUUUUGGGAAUUUUCAGCAUAGCACUAAUGACACAGUACAUAUCUUUGGUUCAGCUUUCUGAAUAGACAUGUUGCAAAAAGGCCUCCUGAACUAUGUAGAAUGAAUGCUACAAACUACUCUAGGCAACUACAACACUAUUAUUUGUGUAUAUUGUACAGAUAGGAAAUAAUAAAUGUAUAACUAUGUGUGACUGUAUCACAUGAGUUGGAAGGAAAAUAAAUCUAGUCUAGAGAAUAUUUUAAGAGGACAAUUAGGUCCUGAAACGCUCAUAUGCAUAGACCGACAGAGAAUGAAAUGUUUCUUAAGUGUCUUAAAGAGAUAGUUUAAGAGAUGUUCACAUGAUUGUAAUAACCUUGUGCUAUAUACAUUUUGUAUAUUUGUUGAAGAGGCUGAGACGAUAUUAGCCACGGUUUUCAUAACUAACUAUGAUAACUAAACAUGACAUGACCAAAGUAAUAAUACCAACAAGGUCUUUACCAAACAGUCAAUUUCCUUCAACUGUUUUCUUGUGUGAAAUGUUUAUUAUAACUGAAAAGCUUCUAUCUUCAAUCAAAAUUACAAGUCCCUUGAAAGUCACAUGCAUUUUCUCUCUCUUUAAGUUCAUGCUUUCGAUCAAUCAAAAAAAAAAAAAAAAUCUUCUGAAAACAGUGCACUAUGCAUCAUUACUUGUCUACCUGCCAAUCCUUCGUACCUGUGUCCUUUUGAACCAAAUGGAUGUAUGCCUAUUUUUGACAACUAAUUGUACGUAAUGUAAGUAGAAUUUCUAGGAAAUUUUCAUUUUAUCUGAAUCAAAAAAAUUACCAAGAAAUGUUUGCAGUUUUUCAGGAUAGGUCUGUUGGAUUUUAUGUGAUACACACCUUUCACCAGAUAAGAAUUCAAUAGAGAAUUUUUAAUACAAAGUUGUUUUUAACUUUUGUCAUGAAAUUGGUGUACAUCACAUUGAGCUGAUUCUUACUGUCAUUUGAGCAUUCAUUUUUCUAUCUGCAAAAG